AUGCCAGGUGUGUGUGUGUGUGUGUGUGGGCAUGCAAGUUAUAUGUGUAAGACUCUGGACGAUUAAAAAAUAUUUUGUAGGGGAAGCUGCCCCUACACCUAGGGUCCUCAGAGGUUUAGAGUAUCUGCUGCUUUAAUCCUGCCUGAUCCUCUGGAUUAAGCUAGCCACACUGUACUGUGUCUCAAUAGUGAUUUGGUGAGAUGGCUCUGAAUUAAGUAGGAGCAGUGUUUUUGGUCCUGUGUGGUGUGAUGACUGCUUUCGUGAAUGCUUUGAGACCCAUGUGGGACUCACAAGCUUCUGGAGAACUUUUGGAGCAUGGGCUGAGAUGGGACAGUCCCGAGCCCAGAGUUUGCUUUAUGCCCAGAUGUAGCCCUGUGUUCUCAGCCCUGCAACCAGCAUGCAACAGACACAGGCAGCGUCACUGCAAAUGUAUAGCUGGUCUUUCCUUGACCAUCUCUACUCACCCCCUGCACAUCUGGAUUUCAGGCAGCCCCAGCACUUAUUUGCGUUUAAAAACGAAGCAUUGCAUAACCCCUGGAAGUGGAAUCUUUGUAGCAGAAAAAUUUCCCACAUUUUGAAAUGCAUUGUUUCAUACAAUUAAUUUUUUACACGGUAAAUAUAACACAAGGCAGACUGCGCGACUUGAAUGGAUAUAACACCAAUUAUAAUUAUAAUUGACUUUCUUCAUGCGGCUAUAAUAAGUACAUAUAUUUAUGCACACAAAAGCUCUUCAGCUAUGCCAGUGUAAGUAUGUUAACAGCUUUCAGUGCCUUUAUGCCCUCCUCACUUUAAAAUCCCCAUAAUGGGAGGGAAGCGUUUGCUGUUGAAUGUGUUUCGACAAUCCUAUCUUUGUAUAAUAAGCCGAGGAAACCAAAGUUGGUUACCAACUUUGGAAGAAGCUGGGAUCUUAAGUCGUGCUUUGAAGUUGGUUUAAUAUCCUAAAUUGUUUUGAAGCAGGGUAACAAUAGUUCCCCAGUUUUCUGGAAAACGGUGGUUAGUAAAGAGACUUCCUGGCUCGGUUGUGGCUCAUAGGGUUGCAUGCAUGGAGAAAAGACUUAAUUCAUAUAUUGCCUACUUAAGCCAUGAUAUGCUCAUCUGAACAAAAUCAUCUAGAAUUCACUUGACUUAUUUGAAAGACAAUUGCAUUAAUGUAACAUCGCUUGUAGGUUUACGAGAAGUUUUGUAAGGGGGACUAUAUAAAUUAUUGCAAAAUGAUUUAGGAAGGAAAUAAUUAGGAAAUGAAGUUUAAAAGCAUUCAUUACAAUAAUAAAAUGCAAGAUUAGGUAGCAAAUUUGAAAAUCAUUAGACAGGAUUGAUGGAAGUCUCAGGCUAUAAUAGCCAAAAUGAGGAUGAUGUGAAGUUUUGUUUGGAAAACAUAUGCAAAAAUUAAUAAAAAUGAUUUAUUUAAAAAAGAAUUCACUUGAAUUGCGCUUAAACAGUGCAGUCCUAGGUGUGUCUACUCAGAGGUUAUACAGUCAUACCUUGGAAUUCGAACAGAAUCCUUUCCAGAAGUCUGUUUGACUUAUUUUAUUUUAUUUUACUUGUAUGCCGCCUUUCCACAGUUAAAACAAUGCUCAAGGCGGCUUACAAUAUGAAAAGAUUUACAUAAUUACAAAUAUAGCAAAACAGUCAUAAAAAUAAAUAAAACACAUUAAAAACUACAUAACCAAACUGAACAAUUUCCACAUAAAAAUAAAGAUACAAAAAGUUAAUUUUGGCAACAACAGUAACAACUCCCAGCAAAACUUUCUCCAAAAUACCCCUGUCCUUGAUGGGCUGCAGCCACAGCAGCAGUCCUUAUGAGGCCUGUCAUGCCCCGCCCUAGGUUAGGUGGUGAGUGUCAGGACUGGGGCCCUCAGGCGUUCAGCCCGGGAGUCCUCCUGGGCUUUCCGAAACAUUCGACUUUCAAAGUGCAGCUUCCUGCAGCCAAUCAGAAGCCGUGUAAAGUCCCAUUGGACGUUCGGCUUCCAAAAGAACGUUCAAAAACUGGAACACUCAGUUCUGGUUUUCGAUCAUUCAGGAGCCGAAACAUACGAGUUCCGGGGCAUUUGAGAACCAAGGUACAACUGUAUUCCUAUCUACUAACACCUUUGUUUUUAUAAGAUUUGCAGCACUGGAGUUUGUUGUUGAUGCACCCCAAUCCAUCAGAUAUUGCAGUUAAAAUAAUAUUGGCUGUUGCAAAAGCCUCAGGGAGAUGCAUGCACCGUGUAAAAACCAUUUCUAGUUUUGCUUCCCAACUGUAAGCACAUUAAUCUCUGAUCUCAGUUGAUUUAGGGCAACUGAAAAUACUCGUUUCCAAAACCCACAUUGCUGUGUGCAAUUCAUCCUGAACUGAAGCAUUUGCAGGAUGCGGGCGAGAAUAGGGAACUCAGGGUGUUCUGGCUAUGUGAACAGCAUGUCCAAAUAAUGGUGCAAAUUGGCCACAAAGUGUUAACUUUGGGCCUCUCAGCUGGCAGCAUCUGUUGUCCAACAAAGGAAGGAGGGCUGUUAAGCGGGCCAAAGAACUUGCAAUGAAUGAAAAGGUUACCCCAAGAAUCUCCAGCAUUGGUGGUUCCAUGUGGACACAGUCUCCUCUGUUACACUUACGGCAACAAUCGAGAAGCUGCUGGUAUCUCCCCGUGCAACUGUCCACGUGUUUGAGAGGUCUUCCUUGCACACUAGGAACAUAGGAACCUGCCUUAUAGCGAGUCAAAUUAUUGGUCCAUCUAGCACAGCUUUGUCUACACUAACCUCGGAGAUGCUGGCGAUUCAGCCUGGGAUCUUUUACACGCAGAGCAGUUUCUGUCUUACUGCAAAACCAUGGCUCUUCCCCACUGAGAGCCAGAAUUUGAACACGUGCCCCUAAUGCUUUGGAAUACUUCCCCCCCUUGGCCUCCUUUUAACUCUGCUGCCUCUUGUCUUUUCACGCUGACCUCAGACGAUCAAUCUUCUGAGAAAGGUAGGUUCACUGCCUGUUCCUGGAGCGAGCCAGCUGUGACUUUCCCUGCACGUAAAGAGCUUGUAGAAUAAAACAGCCCUCUCUGACCAAAGCCAACCAUGAAGCCGUUCCAGAUUACAGGAAGCUCAGAAUAGUUUGUGUGCCAUAUGUACAUUUAUCGGUACAGUUUUCUGUCAUUGGUUUUGCUUCCAAUUCCCCCCCCCCCCCAAAAAAAUAAAUCAACUGGACACAUUGCAACAAAGGAGGUGAUAGCAUAGUUUUGAAUGGGUGGGCAUGGGAAGGUUUUCAGAAUUUCCUGUGCAAGCAUAGGGAUUAGGAACACGAUUUCUUUUUUAAAAUGAAAAGAAAACUGGAGGAGGGUGCUUCACACAUGACUUUGCUUCCUAUGGUGCAGUAUUGCCUCAUCCCACACAAGCUCGGUCAGCGAUUAGCUCUGGUCCGCUGGGCUUAGGAUUGUGCCCUCCCAUGUCAGAGAAAGAAUGUGUGCAUGCGAAUAACCUUGAGAUUCUGCAAAAUAUUUAAAGGCAAGAACAUUAGCAGCCUGCUGGAUCCGGCGAGUGGUCCAGCAUCCUGUUCUCACAGUGGCCAACCAGAUCAUAGCUGUCAACGUUUCCCUUUUUUAAAGGGAAAUUCCCUUAUUCCGAAUAGGAUUCCUUGCAAGAAAAAGGAAAAGUUGACAGCUAUGAACCAGAUGACUGUAGGAAACCUGCGAGCGGGUCUCUCCCCUCCUGCGUUUUCCAGAAACCGGCAUUCAGAAGCGACACUGCCUCCAGCCGUAGAGGCAGAGUGUGACCAUCCUACUGACUAUCCACUCAUAGCUUUCUCUUUUACGAAUUUGCCCCAUCCUCUUUUAAAGUCUUCCAAGUUGGUGGGAGCGAGUUCCCUGGUGUAACUGUGCACAGUGUGAAGAAGGGCUAAUUUUUCACCUUUAUCGAAGUGCUGCCACAUUACACAGUGGACAGGAACAUGAUGUGUAUGUCAGGAGUUCAGCCUACACUCGAGUAGAACCCUGGCAGAGACACAUGCCCGACUGGCAUGUUCUCUCCCUCCUGGUCGAUCGUUCGGUAGUUUCAAAAGCUUUCUUCAUCCCGAACAUCACAGCGACUGACGCCAACCGACACCGGCAGAUUUAGGGAACCGCAGAAUUUGCGCAGUUGCGUAACAGACCUCAGCAACUCAGCAUUUUGGCUCAUCUACUUUAUUUACAUAUAAACACACACGGAGCACUGCAACAUGGCUCCCUCUCUCUCUAGCAUCAGACAGCAAAGAGAAAAAGAACAAAGGACAAUAGUCCCACUUCACUGAACACAAUAACAGAAACAUCCUGUCUCCGUCACUUCCCACUCUGUGGAGUCAAAACACAUACCGUCAUGUGAUAGACAAAAAUCCCAUGACUGCAAUCAUGGAGCAGGAAUUCUAACAGUGUAUACCUCUGAAUGCUACUUUCUGUGAGUCUAAAGAGGGGAGAGAGGGCAUGGGUCCGGCUCUUUCAUAGCCCCAGUCCGAGUCCUGUUGCUGAGCUAGCAGGGGCUGGGAGGAACACUUGCCCGAGAGCAGAAUCCACAUACAGAGGCAGUCCAGAGAUCAGGGAAUCCAGAUGUUCACAAAACCAAAGGUCCAGUUGGAUAGCAGGAAGCAACAAGGAAGGACCCAGAACCACAGGCGUUGUUUCCAGCAACAACUGACUGCUGCUGAGAGCUCUGUUUAAGAAGCCCGGAGCCCGCUGGUUAUCAUCAGUGCCUUUUCUGUGUCCUGAUCAGCUGCAGGUGGAGUCAUUCCGCCUUCUCAUUCAUUGAUUCAUUCAUCAUUUUAUUUACACACCGCCUUUCCGUAGUUAAAAGUGCUCAAGGCGGCUUACAGCAUGACAAGAUUUACACAAUUACCAACAUAACAAAAAUCAUAAACAAUAAAUAAAACACAUAAAAGUACAAAGCCAAAUGGAAAACAAUUUUCACAUAAAUAAUAAAAUCUAAAACUAAGAAUAUAGCAUUGAUAUUUAAAAUAUCAAAUAUUCAAAUAAUCAAAUAAUCAAAUAUUAAAUUAUUUAAAAUAAUUUAAAAUGACAUAGAUAAAAAAUAAAAGGAAUUUAAAAAACCCAAAAAGCGGAGUCCUCUCUGCCCAGCAGUGUGGGAAUGUUCAGGGAUGCAGGAGAGGCUAUAUUGUCUGAUAAAAAGGUUUACUCACACAUCAUUCUGUUCACAAUAGGAUCCCAGAAGGCAGACUUAGCUUAGAAAAGUAACAUAUACCUAGAAACUAUCUCAUAAGAAGACAGUCCCUUUGUCCUCUCUUGGGAAGCCAAGAGAGCAUCUUUGGCUAAGCAGAUGUUGCUUCUUCGAUGCAUGUAGUCAAAGAGAGGGAGAUGGCUGCCCUGCCCUGUGCUUUUGUCGUUACCUGCACAGGUGAGGCCACACCCACCUCUAGUCACAUGCAGAGGAAGUCUGUCCCAGCCCAGAAGGAAACAGGAAGUUUACCUGCUGGCUGGACAAACAUUCCUCCCCAUGUGUAAACAUGUGCUGUCUAGGAAUGUUGUACUUGACUGCUCUUGUGUUUCAUAUCCCACAAGCCGCAGCAGCAGCAGCACUCCUUUAUAGAAUCUGUCAGGCCCCUAAGCCAGGUGGAGAGAAGCAGGGCAGGGGCCUUCACACGCACCCCGUAGUUCAGUCAGUCUCCCCCUUCAGGCUGCUGUUCAGCAGGCGAAGCUGACUCCUGGCCCAUGACACGUUUUCGGCCUUUAUCUGGCUGGCCGCUGUGAGAACAGGAUGCUGGACUAGAUGGGCCAUUGGCCUGAUCCUGCCACACUCUUCUUAUGUUCUUUGGGAGGCUGGCAAAGAGGGAAUCUCUGCACAAGAGAGCAAACCUGUGAAUGCUGGUCUUGCCCACAGCACUGUCUAAGGCGGGUGGUGGGCUUGAUUCAGAAAGGCUCUGGGGCGUGAUGCCAUUGCAGUGCAAAAAGGGCCAGUUGAUUUGCUCCUCAAUCUAAUUUCCCUCGCUUCCCACGCCAGCCCAGGUCCGUUUGUAUCCCUGUCCAGCUUCUUAAUUAGUGGAUUUGAACAGGGUUUGCUGCACAAAGAGACCUUUAGCGUGACAAAGCAGAGAGGGGAGAAGCCGUGCGUUUCCUCUUAAUAUGCCCCCGGGGACUCUAAUGUCAAUCUUGUUUAAUUUUCCUUAGCUAUUAUUUGCUGAGCGUGUUUUUUUUAACUGUGUAAUUUUUGUGCUAAUCACAUGGAUUAAGCCCCUGCCGUUUCUGAAAAGUGAUUGUGUUUCUCCUCGGUGCUUUUGUUAACGCAGUAGGUAAUUUCCUGCUGAAGGAGGGAGCGCUGCUUUCUCCCUUUCCCUCUCCCCCUUUCUGACUUUUUUGGACUUGCUCCCUCCAAGAAAAGAGCAACUCCUUAAGGUUUUAAGCCUGCCGGGCAGGGUGUUGGUUCUUUUCUGACUUAAUGGCUGCGCAGCAUCUAGUGUUCCAGGCGAUUUAUAAAUAAAUUUUGUUAUUUUUAAAAAGGCUCGGGGGCUAGCUGUUCAUUCCAGCGUUUCAGCUCCUGGUGCCGUUUGCUUUCAGUGUCUCUGUGGACCCUGGCAUGGUUGUUCCUUAAGUGACAAAAGUCAGAAAUUCAGUUGGGGAAGGAGGAGGAGGAAAUAGUUUUGAUUGGGGCUGCAAAUGAUAUGAUGCAGGAUAGCUCAGGCAAAGGGACAUGGGUGGCGCUGUGGGUUAAACCACAGAGCCUAGGGCUUGCUGAUCAGAAGGUCAGCGGUUUGAAUCCCCGCAACGGGGUGAGCUCCCAUUGCUUGGUCCCAGCUCCUGCCAACCUAGCAGUUCGAAAGCACGUCUGACAGGAAGGUAAACGGUGUUUCCGUGCGCUGCUCUGGUUCGCCAGAAGUGGCUUAGUCAUGCUGGCCACAUGACCCGGAAGCUGUACGCCGGCUCCCUCGGCCAAUAAAGCGAGAUGAGCGCCGCAACCCCAGAGUCGGUCACGACUGGACCUAAUGGUCAGGGGUCCCUUUACCUUUACCUUUUAGCUCAGGCAAAGCAUGGGACCCACAUGCAAUACAGCAGUUCAGUACCCCUCCCCUCCCCCGUCCCCCGGGUUUCAUGCAAAAACACCAAAGAUGCAGCAUACAAAACGAAUCGUCUUUUGGUAUAUAGCAUUGUCGUCUUCGUUCAUCUGCCUCUCUUAUCUUUUUCUUUUUAAGCAGAAGACUGUGAUUGCGAAGGAUACUUCAAUGGGCAAUAUAUAGGUGAGGAGCUGGUGGUCUGCAACCCACUCUGGCCUUGGUUGUGGGUAUCAUAUGUACAUUUGCUACUUACAUAAUAAAAAUAAUUUAUUCCUUAUACCCCGCCCAUCUGACUGGGUUGCUCCAGUCAUUUUUGGUAGCUUCCAGGAUAAUAUACAAACACAGCAAAACAACAGGUGCUAAAAGCUUCCCGAUAAAAGCUUCAGGUAUACUGGGCCUUGGCCCAGUAUACCUGAAGGAGCGUCUCCACCCACAUCGUUCAGCCAGGACACUGAGGUCCAGCGCUGAGGGCGUUCAGGUGGUUCCCUCACUGCAGGGAACCAGGCAGAGGGCCUUCUCGGUAGUGGCACCUGCUCUGUGGAACGUCCUCCCAUCGGAUGUCAAGGAAAUAAACAACUAUCUGACUUUUUAGAAGACAUCUGAAGGGAAGUUUUUAACAUUUGAUGUUUUAUCAUGUUUUUAAUAUUCUGUUGGGAGCUGCUCGGAGUAGCUGGGGAAACCCAGCCAGAUGGGUGGGGUAUAAAUUUAUUAUUAUUAUUAUUAUUAUUAUUAUUAUUAUUAUUACUACUACUGCUGCUGCUGCUACAAAUUGCUUUCGUUUUACAUGCUUGCUUUUGUAUUGCAAUUUAUUGUAUUUGCGUUAAUGCAUUUUACAAAUGAGGCAAGCCACAAAAUGUUGCAGCGUUGAAGUGCUUCUGGACAGGAUUCUGGCUUAGUCAGUCACGUUUUCUCCCAGGAUAUGCCAUCCCAUUUCCCUUUCACCCGCUCCCCCAGCAACAUUCAGCCAGCAUUCUGUGGCCACUGGGAGUAGCUAUUUGGGCUGGUUUUGGGGCUUUUCCCUUCCUUAAGAAUUGGGGUUAUUUUUUUUGUAGUUCAGAACCUUGAGCCUGUUGGGGGUCCCCAACCCAUCGGACCAAACUUGGUGACAAUGAUGUUCUUUUUGGCUUUGCAGCUGGCUUGAGACGGAGUUUCCGACUGAGUCGAAAGGAGAAGCAAAAUGGCCAGAGUGAAGCCAAACAGGUUGAACAGCCUCACCCCUCGGAGCUCCUCACCUACGAGGAAGUGGUCAAAUACCAGCAGCAGCCAGGAGAAAGAAAGAGGCUGGUGGUUUUGAUUGGUGAGUUAUUCUGUGAGGAAAAGGCUAUCGUAUCGCUGGUGUUAUGUACUGAAGUUCUCACUCUGGGCCAGCAGGGGGAUACUGUAGAUAGUUUUCACUCAGGUCCACAUAUGCAAAUAAGGGAUUGAAAGUGACGUUCAGUGAUUGGAUAGUUACAGAAAAUGGUUACUGUUGCGUUCUAGUGGAGCUCUAUAUAAGCAGGCAGGCUGAACCCUGCAGUUCAGUUCUGUUCUGGCCUGUGAAUAAACAAGAGCUGUUUGAAGAAUCGUUGUGUCGUCUGAUAUGUUCACCCACAGCUGCCUUGCCCAGCGGCUUUAUUUCUGAAAUAAAGAGAUUCUGGAGCCGAAGACCAGCCUUUCCCAAACCUCUGAGAAGUGGAGAAUAAAUCUUGGGGGGGUUGUGGCUGAGGUGGUGUGUGUGUGUGUGUGUGUGUGUGUGUGUGUGUGUGUGUGUGUAUAUAUAUAUAUAUAUCUGUAUACAGUGGAACCUCGGUUGUCGAACGUAAUCCAUUCCGGAAGACCGUUCGGCUUCCAAGACGUUCAACAACCGAGGUGCAAUUGACAAAAUAAAUUGAGAAAAAUGAGAAACGCGCCUCGGAAGCCGUUUGACUUCUGAGGCACAUUCAAAAACGGAAGCAUUUACUUCCAGGUUUUUGGCGUUUGACUUCUGAAACGUUUGGCAGCCGAGACGUUCAAAACUGAGGUUCCACUGUAUAUAGAGAGAUUCACUCAAAAUAAGCCUGGUUUCACUAUCCAAAGAGGACUGGAAUUUGGAUCAGCCUUAAUUGGAGCCCAGGUAGUCUCAAAGAAGCAGUGCUUUUACAUCAGGCUUUGCUAACCGGGAGUUUUGGACUACAAUUCCCAUCAAUCCCUUAGGCACCCCAGGCAUGUUGGGCCUACAGUUGCCAAGCAGCCUCCAGGGUUGUCAAGGCUGGCAGAUUAAUUUUUUUGCAGAUUUCUUCAGCGAUGGGUCUUAAAAAUAUGGGUUUUGGGUGUGAGGAAUUCAAAUCUGCUAGCAUUUUUGUGACUGGACAACAUUUAGCUUGGUAAAUCUAUGUUUGAUUAAAGAGCACAUAAAUUGUUCUUUUUAAUGCAUUUUAAUGUUUUGAUGUUGUAUUUUAAUCUUGUUUUUAAGUUGUAUUUCAAUCAAUUUGUUUUUAUAUCGGUUUUUAGCCAUCCUGAGCCUGGUCUUGGCUGGGGAGAGCGGGAUAUAAAUAAUUUUUUAAAAAAUAUUAUUAUUAUUGUUAUUAGGAGGGUCCUGAGUCCUGACCUGUUCCUUUCAACUCCGUCUUCUGUAAGGCACCCCUGUACUUUGUCUUCAGUUGCAGUGAUACACCUUCUCUCUCUGACCUCUCAGGUUCUUUGGGGUCCCGUUUGAAUGAGCUCAAGCAGAAGGUGGUGGCAGAGAACCCGCAGGAGUACGGCGUUGCUGUGCCACGUGAGUAAACCCCGCUUUUCUUUUCUUUUCCAUGGCAAAAUGCACCUCCUGCCUCACCCCAGCACCUCCACCGUUUAUGCCAAGCCUUUCAUUACAGUCUUGUCAGGUGAAAUGUGCAUUUGGCAGACCUGAGAGGGAAGGCUUCCAUUGCAAUCUAUAGCUGUAGAAAAAGCUGGGAGCAGUGAGCAAGAAACUGGAAUGGGUGGGGGUGGGGGUAGAGAGAGAAAGAGGGAGAGGGAAAGAGAGAGGGAGAGAGAGAAAGAGAGAGAGAAAAGAGGGAAGAGAAAAAAGAAAGAAAGAAAAAGGGAAUGAGAGAAAGAAAGAGGGAGAGAGGGGGGGAGAGAGAAUGAGAGAGAAAAAAGAGGGAGGGAAAAGAAAGAAAGAGCGAGAAAGAGAGGGAGGAGUGAGAGAAAAAGAAAGAAGGGGGAGAGAGAGAGAGGGAAAGAAAAAGAAAGAAAGAAAGAAAGAAAGAAAGAAAGAAAGGGAGAGAGAGAAAGAGAGAGCAAAAGAGGGAGGGAGAUAGAAGGAAGGAAGGAAGGAAGGAAGGAAGGAAGGAAGGAAUAGAGAAUCAAAGGCAGAUGAAACAGGGCCAGGAGGGAUUCCGGACUGCAGGUAUUCCUGAUUUAUAAAUGUGUGUGUGUGUGUGUGUGUGUGUGUGUGUGUGUGUAUGAAUGAAUAAAUAAAUAAAUAAAUAAAUAAAUAAAUUAGAGCCAUGGGGCACCACAAUUAAAAAUCCAUGCGACUUCCAAAACAUUUGGAAACCAAAGCGCGGCUUCUACAUCCAAUCGGAAGCUGCGGAAGCCCCGUCGGACAUUCGGGUUCCAAAGAACGUUCACAAACUGGAACACUCACUUCCGGGUUUGUGGUGUUCGUGAGCCAAAAUGUCCAAGUACCAAGGCGUUCGGGAUGCAAGGUCUGACUGUGUAUCAUUUCCCAAAAUUCUUUGCGACCUUACUUUUCCACCACAUAUGAUAGAAGGUGCUUUCUUUUUUCUUACAUUUCCAACAUACAUUUGACCCUGUUUUAUACAUUUUUGCUAAUUUACUGGGAGUCUGGCUGUCUGAAAUUCACCACCUGAACCUUCCACAGAGAUGGCACGGACAGAAAGGUAUGCAUACCAGACACCAGCAGGUGAGCGGACUCUCAGGCUGUGCAUUUAGCCAGGAUCCCUUUAAAGGUCUGCUGUUGAAGUUUAUAUGGGACAAGUUGGAACCUGCAAGAAUACGUUGCAGUGUGCGGCGCUCCCUUUCAAGAUUCAAGCCCGCCAGCUGGCUAGUGGUGCCCUCUUCCAGGACACUCCAUUCCAGAAGACACCUCUCACCCACCCAGUCAUUAAGGAGAGAUAGGGACGCGGGUGGCACUGUGGUCUAAACCACUGAGCCUCUUGGGCUUUCCGAUUGGAAGGACGGAGGUUCGAAUCCCUGCAACGGAAUGAGCUCCCAUUGCUCUGGCCCGUCUCCUGCCAACCUAGCAGUUCGAAAGCACGCCAGUGCAAGUAGAUAAAUAGAUACUGCUGCGGCGGGAAGGUAAACGGCAUUUCCGUGUACUCUGGUUUCCAUCACGGUGUCCCGUUGCGCCAGAAGCGGUUUAGUCUUGCUGGCCACAUGACCCGGAAAGCUGUCUGUGGACAAACACCGGCUCCCUUGGCCUGAAAAGCGAGAUGAGUACCGCAACCCCAUAGUCGCCUUUGACUGGACUUAACCGUCCAGGGGUCCUUUACCUUUUAAGGAGACAUGUAUUAAAAUUGCUCCAUUUAAAGGUCUGAAAAACAAACAAACAAGUGAAUGAUUCUCAAACGCAAUGGCGGAGGAAGGGUGUGUGUGGUCCACCCCGGGUGUCAUUACUGAGGGGUAUGUGUGAUAAAAUGAGUUUAAAAAAUUUUUAAAAAUUGGGCUCACGAAACUUUUUAGGAGUGAUGUGGUGGCUUCAGGCGCCUGCCUGAGACGGCAGUGUGGGUCUUGCGCCUGCCUACUGCCUCUCCCUCAGCCGCCCUACAGCUGAGGGGGAGGUGGCAGAGAGGCUCCAAGCGCAGGAGAGGCUCGCCCCGCCCACAAGGACAUAUUGCCCCGCCCCCGGCUGCAGGACACGCCCCCCGCACCAGGCAUCCGAGCGGCUAGCUGCACCACUGCUCAAAUGCAGACCUUAAUAUUUUGAAGCCUCUGUUUCCCCGUGAAUUAUGUUCACACGCAACUUGCCACACUGGGAGCAAGUGGCGGUGAGAGCGUGAAACUGCUCCAAAGGGCCGCUGAAUUGGGAUGAUGGAUGACUUGCUAUUAAGCCAUCCAUCCGUGGCAGAUGACAGAAAUAAUUAUCCCAGAAUGUCUUAAAUAAGUGCUGUAUAUGCACGCAUGCCUCAUAACUCAGCAAACCCCCACCCCCGGCCACUGCGGAUGAUUUGAAAGCUGUGCACAGAUGGGUUCUUCGUCUCUUGGGAUCCCAAAUGCAGAAACUGCCUUCUACCUUAGAAGGGCUGUAGGCACACCUGAGCAGAGACACCGUUCGUGCCAAGCGUGUGUAUGUUUUGUGUGCACGCACGUGGGGCACUUCUUGCCCCCAGAGAUUCUCCUUGGCUUGUUUGCUGCGAUUUUCGCUGCGCUCAUCAGAGUGUGCCUGGUCCCGAGGGUUUUUUUUAAACAGAGUUGGCGUGGAGGUGGCAUUUCAGCUGCCAAGCAUCUGUCUCGGUUGGCCUGGCUGCUCCCACGGGGAUUGUAAGAGGGGAAGGGGAGCAGAGGGUCACCCCGCCUCUCCCCACAAGCACCUCACAGACCCAUGUCCACGCCAGUGUUCUUCAACCUUGGGUCCCCAGAUGUCACUGGACUUCUUCUUCGUCUUUGGCGAUCACUUGUAGCCGAGUAAGAUUGUCUUCCAUAAACACUGUUUUAACAGCGGGUCUGUAAGUGACUGUGGAGGCCGAUUCUGGAUACACACAUCCUUCCACAGUGGGGACAUUGGUUUCCAGGCAGGAGUUGAUCAAGGUGAGGGUUUGCCAAGCAUGCCUUCCUCUUAGCACAUUUCUCCCUUUCGUCCCGCAUUCGAGCUUCUUCAAAGCCCAUGACACCUUUGGUAAAGGCUGUUCUCCAGUUGGAGCACUCGCAGACCAGUGUUUCCCAAUUGUUGGUGUUUAUACUACAUUUUUAAAGAUUUGCCUUGAGAGAGUCUUUAAACCUCUUUUGUUGACCACCAGCAUUACACUUUCCAUUUUUAUGUUCGGAAUAGAGUAGUUGCUUUGGAAGAUGAUAAUAAGACAUCUGCGCAACAUGACCAGUACAACGAUGUUGAUGUUGAAGAAUCAUUGCUUCGACAUUGGUGAUUUUUGCUUCUUCCAGUACAUUGGCAUUAGUUCGCCUGUCUUCCCAAGUGAUGUGUAAAAUUUUUCGGAGACACCGUUGUCAACGGUGCCCUUGGACUACAGCUCUCAUCAUCCCUCGUCUUUGGCAAAGCUGGUUGGGGAGGAUAGGGGUUGUAAUCCAAUUUUGGGCACCUCAAUUUAAGAAGGAUGAGAUGGAACGUGCGCAGAGGAGGGCGAUCAGGAUUGGCAAGGGUUUGGAAACAAAGCCUUAUGCGGAACGGUUGAAGGAGCUGUGUACGUUUAGCCUGGAAAAGAGGAGACUGAGAGGAGAUACAUUAGCCAUCUUCCAAUAUCUCAAAGGCUGUCACAUGGAAGAGGAACAAGCUUGUUUUCUCCUCCUCUGGAGCGGAGGACUUGAACCAACGGCUCCCAGUAACAAGAAAGGAGAUUCCGACUCAACUUCAGAAAGAACUUUCUGACACUAAGAGCUGUUUGACAGUGGAACGGACUCCCAUGGAGGUGGUGGACUUUCCGUGGAGGUUUUUAAGCAGAGGUUGGGUGGCCAUCUGCCAUGGAUGCUUUAGCAUUGCAGGGGGGUUGGACCAGAGGUCCCUUCCAACUCUACUAUUCUACGAUUCUAGGAAUUUUGGAGACAAAAGGUUGCAGAACUUGGACCUGCAGAGCCCACGUUGCUGUGGGGCAGGCACGAUAUAGAAGGCAGGUGCUUACAGGGCAGAAUAAGUCUGAAUGGCUUGAUCUGAUGGAAUCCAACACCAUUUGGAAGUUCCACAUCGCUGGGUUAAACUAUGCAAAGCCACCUCUUGCAUUCUACCCAGGGCAAAACUCAAGCAGUGGGGUUUUGGGGUUUUUUUGCUGGGAGUGUAAACAAAACAAAACAAAACAAAACCCCAUGCCCAACAUGCUGCAAUUCCCUGAUCCUAAUUCCAUCACUCAUGCCUAUAAUUUUAAAUAUAUAUAUAUAUAAAACAUUAAAUGCACCCACUCACUUAACAUCAUAUGCUUAGCCUAUAAAAGGGUUUGGAUAUAAGUGCAGGGGCUUCUCUUUCCAACUUUUCUUUCCUUUUUUUGCCCCUUAAAAUGAGCCGCACCCCUUCUUAUCACCUGCUUUUGAUUUUGAAGCCUUCCUCUGUUUUGCAUCAGCAUUUUGUGCUUUUCAAAACAUUGAUGGCAGAGGGCUGUUGUUGUUUUAUUCAACACAAAAUUCUAUAGUGAGCGGGGAGGCAGAUUGCUUGCUUUGGUCCUAAAUGCAUUAGGACGGGUUGGGGUUUCAGGGUGGUGCAAUAAUCUGGCUUUCAACCGCUGCCGAAGAACAAGGUGAUGGUGGUGGUGGCGGCGGCAGGAACUUCCUGAUACGAUUCUGAAACUGCUGGAAUUAAAUCAGAGCAGCAACGUUGGGAGAAAUUUGCCGCCGCUGAUGGAGGUGUUGAAUAAUUGAAACAUUUGUAAGGCACCUAACUUGGCUAUAAAAUGUGAAAACCGUUUUGGGAGCCAACAAGAUUAUAUAAAUGUCCUCAGUGUGAGGCCAGAUGCAGAAUAUCAUUUCUGGCAUCAGUAAAGUCCAUGGAGAAAUAGCUCGUGGCUGCUGAGUGCAAGGCUGGAAUAUAACCAGGGGGGAGUGGGGAGGUGGUAACCUACAACCCCCCAGCCUGAUUUAUUCUUUUGGCCUAAUUUCAUGGGGGUGUCAAGGAGGAGGAAAGAGGGUGCCAGUCAGACCCUGAUGGAUUACUUUUGACACAACAUGACUGCCAACUGAAAAAGCGCUUCCCGUUCCUGAGGUGUGGUGUGUUCUGUGCUAUGAAAAAAUAAAAUUUACCCACCAAGAGGAGCUAGAUCAGUGGUUCCCAACCUUUUUUUGGCCAUGCCCCACCUAAGCAUCUCUAAAAUCCUGAUCUCUCUCCCCCGCCGUGACAUAGAAUUCUUAUUACAGUGGACGCUCGGGUUGCAAAUGUGAUCUGUGCGGGAUGCACGUUCACAACCUGUGUCUGCGCACGCGCGGGUUGUGAUUCGGUGCUUCUGCGCAUGCACAAAGCAUGAUUUAGCGUUUCUGCGCAUGUGCGACUACCGAAACCAGGAAGUGACCCGUUCCGGUAUUUCCGGGUUUUGGCAGUCCGCAACCUGAAAAAAUGCAACCUGAAGCAGACGCAACAUGAGGUAUGACUAUUCAAAAGUGAACUGUUCACAUGGAGGAAGCCUGAAAGGCCAUUAACUCGGUCUAAACAAGCUUCCAAAUUGCCCACCUUAAAAAUCACAUUCCCCCCUGUGGGGUGUGUGCCCCAUGUUGGGGACCACAGAGCUAGAUUCUGCCACAUUCCACCCAGGCCAGGACUUUUUUUCAGCCGGAACUCACCGGAACUCAGUUUCAGCACCUCUCAGGUGUGCGCCAUUGCUAUCGUAAGAGAACAAGGUGAGUUCAUGGUGAGUUCCAGCAUCUCUUUUUCUAGAAAAAUAGCACUGCAUUGAACCAUAGAAUUGUAGAGGUGGCAGGGACCCUGAGCAUCAUAUAAUCCAAACCCCUGCAAUGUGGGACUCUCAAGUAAGGCAUCCAUGACAGAUGACCAUCCAACCUCGGCUUGAACAUCUCCCAGGAAGGAGAGUCCAUCACCUCCUGAGGGAGACCGUUCCAUUGUCAAACAGCUCUUAUAAUCAGAAAGUUCUUCCUCAUGUUUAGUUGGAAUCUUUCUUGUAACUUGAAUCCAGUGGUGCGAGUGCUACCCUCCGGAGCAGGAGAAAACAAGCUUGCUCCAUCUUCUAUGUGACAGCCCUUGAGAUAAUUGAAGAUGGCUAUCAUCUCUCUUCUCAGUCUCUUUGUUACCAGGCAAAUCAAGGGAAACUGUACACAGACUUGACCUGUGCCUCCAUGGGCAGCUGUGAGUCCAAAAUCUUCCCUGAGGCAGUUGCCUCACAUUACUUCAUGUGUGGGCCGGCCCUGCCGGCCCACUUAAUAAUAAAAGCAGAAAGAAGACCAAGCAGACAUAAUGAAACCUUUCCAUCAAUUCAGAGUACAGUGGUACCUCGGGUUAAGUACUUAACUCGUUCCAGAGGUCCGUUCUUAACCUGAAACUGUUCUUAACCUGAAGCACCACUUUAGCUAAUGGGGCCUCCCGCUGCCGCCAGUCUGCCGGAGCACGAUUUCUGUUCUCAUCCUGAAGCAAAGUUCUUAACCCGAGGUACUAUUACUGGGUUAGCGGAGUCUGUAACCUGAAGCGUCUGUAAUCUGACGCGUAAGUAACCCGAGGUACCACUGUACAGUCUUAAAUGUAUGGGGUGGAGGAUGGCGUUGCAAAAAGAAAGAAAAAACGUGUUCAGAUACUUUCUCUUGCCAAGUUCCAAAGCUGCAUCGUAAGCUCAAUUUUAGUUAGUGUUGUCUUCGUUAACUUGCAAAUGAGGGGGGGGGGGAGUUGGGUUGGCCGUCAAGCGGUUUUGCUUCCAUCCAGCAAGCUCAACCGAAUUUCUGGGGCAGUUCAGUUAAUUGACAAGAACACGGCUUAGGAAACCGCGACCAAGGUGAAAGCCGCAGAAUGCAGCCCAAGUUAGGAAAUCAGUUUCCGGAGGGGGAGGGAGGGAGCAACAUGAGCCUGAAAAACUGCCUGUCUCCUGCCCACCCCUAAGAGAGCCUACGGGACUUCGGCUGGAGCCCUGCCCAGAGGACGCAGAGUUAGUGAAGGGCAUGCAUUUGCUUCCCCUCCUCGAGUGAUUGAAACCCUUCAGACACUGCGUGUAGAUAGAAGCAAGCCUUUUAAAACAACAACCCCAAACCCAGUGUACUUUGCAAACACAUUCUCCAAACUUUUAUGUAGCCAGAACAACACCGUUCUUGCAAAAUGAGGUUGUGUUUGCAGAUAUACCACGGAGGGUGGGGGAAUCACUUUAGAUAAAAGCCUUAGGCCCUAAAGGUUAGGAACUCAAAAACAGACCAAAGAUCACAGGGCUGUUCACAACAUAGCACAAGAACGUAGCUGCAGUUGAAGAUGGAUAAUACAGUGGUACCUCGGGUUAAGUACUUAAUUCGUUCCGGAGGUCUGUUCUUAACCUGAAACUGUUUUUAACCUGAAGACCACUUUAGCUAAUGGGGCCUCCCGCUGCCGCCGCACCACCGGAGCACGAUUUCUGUUCUCAUCCUGAAGUAAAGUUCUUAACCAAAGGUACUAUUUCUGGGUUAGCGGAGUCUGUAACCUGAAGUGUAUGUAACCUGAAGCGUAUGUAACCCGAGGUACCACUGUAUUGCACAUGAUAUAAGAGUAAAAACAGCAGGAAAAUCCGGGGUGAACACCCAAAGACUUCGCUGCAGCAGUAACAGGUUCUGGGAUGAACAUAACAUUUGUUAAAGUAUGAAAUUUACUGGCACUGCCAUUUUAUUACCCCAAAUUUGUCUUCAUUUUUGGCAUUUCCAUGCUGCUUUAAAAAAAUAAUAAUAUUCAUUUGGUUUUUCAAAUUAAAGUUUUACAAUCACAUAUCCAACAUACAACAUAAAAACAAGAUUCCAAAGAAUUUCCUGGACUUCCUUCCUCCCCUUUGUGGGUCCUGUUGUUAAUCAUUUCCUCCCGCAUCAUUUAUAAUAAUCCAAAUCUUUUACAUCUCCAUUAUGUCCACAAUUCACCAUUAAACUACAAGUGAUAUUCCAAUCCUACUAACGGUUUUAACUGUUUACAACGAUUUUUAAGAUAAAUUAUAAAUUUUCCCCAUUCCUUAUUAAAAAAUUGGUCUUCCUGAUUUCUGAUUCUUCCAGUCGUUUUUGCCAUUUCGGCAUAAACCAUCAACUUAAUCUGACAUUUGUCUCUGGUCGGGACUUUAUCUUCUUUCCAUCUCUGGGCAAAUAAUAUCCGUGCAGCCGUGGUCACAUAUAUAAAAAGUAUUUUCUGCUCCCUUGGGAUUUCAGCACCUAGAAUUCCUAAAAGGAAGGCUUCAGGUUUUUUUCUUUCUAUGCUGCUUUUCGGCCCUAAACCCCCCUCCCCCUCCCAAAAACACCAAUUAAACUAAAACAAAAAUGCCACGAGGAAAUGUACACACACACACACACACACACACACACACCCCUCUCCUCUCUUUCACUACCAGGGACCUCCUCUCUUUCACUACCAGGCACACUUGCUUUGCUAUGCUGUUGUCGCAUGCUGUAUUUUCUAGUCUAUAAGACACCCCAAGUAUAAGACGCCCCCUAUUUUUGGUGACUCAGAUUUAAGAAAAUGGAAGGAGAUGGCCCAGAGUUUGAGCUUUUUUUUUUUUGGAGGGGAUUGCCCACAGUUUCUGAGCUUUUUUUGUGGGGGAGGUUGUCGAAAAUCACUCACCCGCCUUACCAAUCACCGCCACCAACCACCAUUCAACAGACCGCUUGCCGCCACCAACCGCCAUUCAGUUGCCUGAUUGCCUACAGCAGGCAUAGGCAAACUCGGCCUUCCAGAUGUUUUGACACUACAAUUCCCAUCAUCUCUGACCACUGGUCCUGUUAGCUAGGGAUGAUAGGAGUUGUCCCAAAACAUCUGGAGGGCCAAGUUUGCCUAUGCCUAGCCUACAGCAACUGGCAUUUGACUGGCCGCUCACCGCAGCGCCAGCCUAUCAACAGCAUUUUUAAAGGAAGAAACCCUAGUCUUAUACACAGAAAAAUACGGUAUGUAUUCAUCUCUAGAGGAUGAAGAUUGGGAAGGAACAAAUUCUACUAGUUUGGAGCAGAAGGAGCUAUUCAAGGCACAAACACCCUCCCUUUUUCUCCUGAGCAUUUUUUUUUUUUUUUGGUUAAAAACAAAAUGACUGAGUUUUUAAAAUAGCAAUUAUCAGCGGGCAGGCGGUGGGUGGGGGUGGUGAGUCUUGAUGAUUUCAAAUGCACGAUCGCACAAACGGUGCUGGCGCCUGAAUUCAGAACACUGCUUGUCAACUCCGGGGAUGAUCCAGUGGUGCUUGUUUUUAGGGUGGCGCUGUGGGUUAAACCACUGAGCCUAGGGCUUGCCGAUCAGAAGGUCAGCGGUUCGAAUCCCCGUGGUGGGGUGAGCUCCCGUUGUUUGGUCCCUGCUCCUGCCAACCUAGCAGUUCGAAAGCACGUCAAAGUGCAAGUAGAUAAAUAGGUACCGCUCCGGCGGGAAGGUAAACGGCGUUUCUGUCCGCUGCUCUGGUUCGCCAGAAGCAGCUUAGUCAUGCUGGCCACAUGACCCGGAAGCUGUAUGCCGGCUCCCUUGGCCAAUACAGCGAGAUGAGGGCUGCAACCCCAGAGUCGGUCAGAACUGGACCUAAUGGUCAGGGGUCCCUUUACCUUUACCUUUAGGGUGGGUGGGAGCUGGGUUGAGGGCUUCAGUUUUGGGUGGAAGGAUGUUGCCUGCUCUGGCCUCCAUUGGCUGCGGUGGCCAGGUUUGAUAGAAGCUGUAGACCAAAACCUGUAGCAGGCACCACAGUGGCUGCCACUGCCAUAAAUGGACAACACACCUACCCAUUGAGGAGAAAAACAGACAAGUAGAACAAAGGUUUCUCAGAGGUCAGGUCUAUGGAGGCCCCACCACUGCUCUGUCAUGAGUCUUUGGGGGUCAAAGUUGUUUAUUGUUGUUGUUGUUGUUGUUAUAUUUUUUUAUUAAUUUUCAAUUACAAUCCAAUAAUAGCCUCACUAUAACAAUACCAAAUUAUAAUACAAUUACUAAUACCAAUCAUUCAAAUACCGAAUUAUAUCAUUUAGAUGGCUCCCCAUGUGCUAGAAUCAGUGCUUUGAUGAUUUUCUUUAUUUCUGCGUUCCAAAAUCUUAUUAAUUUCAAUUACAUUCCAGUCAAAAUAAUAAUCCCUUAUACAACAACUGCAAUAUUCAUAACUUUGAUUCAUGUUGACACAUUAAAUCAUGGGUAGGCAAACUAAGGCCCGGGGGCCGGAUCCGGCCCAAUCGCCUUCUAAAUCCAGCCCGCGGACGGUCCGGGAAUCAGUGUGUUUUUACAUGAGUAGAAUGUGUGCUUUUAUUUAAAAUGCAUCUCUGGGUUAUUUGUGGGGCAUUGAAAUUCGUUAAUUUUUUCCCUUCAAAAUAUAGUCCGGCCCCCCAGAAGAUCUGAGGGACAGUGGACCGGCCCCCUGCUGAAAAAGUUUGCUGACCCCUGCAUUAAAUGAUCUAUAGAACUAGAAGCGUGGCACUCGGGCUAUAUCCUUGUUCGGUGCCAAAGUUUUAACUUGUCUCUUUCAGUGGCACUUUAGCAAACUGAACGCUGGACAGCCAAGGACAGACGAAAGAUAAAAAGUACAGCUUCAUGCAGCGCGAAGUUAAACUGUGGAAUUUGCUCAGGAGGCCGUGAUGGCGACCAUCUUGGAUGGCUUUAAAAGAGGAAUGGACAAAUUCUUGGAGGAGAAAGCUACUGAUGGCUACUAGCCAUGAGGGCUCUGCUCUGCCGCCCCAGUCAUGCUUCUGAAUACCAGUUGCUGGAAACCCACAGAAGGCCACAGAGUUCUUGUCCUUGGGUCCUGCUCGCAGGCUUUCCACAAGCAACUGGUUGGCCACUCCAGUAACAGGAAGCUCUGGACUGGAUAGGCCAGGCAUAGGCAAACUCGGCCCUCCAGAUGUUUUGGGACUACAACUCCCAUCAUCCCUGACCACUGGUCCUGUUAGCUAGGGAUGAUGGGAGUUGUAGUCCCAAAACAUCUGGAGGGCCGAGUUUGCCGAUGCCUGGGAUAGGCCAUUGGCUUGAUCCAGGCAGGCUGUCCUUAUGUUCUACAUCAUUCUAAGAUGGUGUUGGGCUUUCGGAGGAAGAGAGGAGAACUAGCCCCAAUGUACAUCGGAGAGGGCUGUGUGGAGAGUCUCUUCCUUUAAAUUCCCAGGAGUUUAUCUCAGUGAAGACCUUACUUGGAAAAUAAAUACAACCCAGGUGGUUAAGAAAGCCCAACAAAGACUCCAUCUCCUCAGAGUAUUGCGGAAGAACAAUGUCAAUCAACAUUUGACGAUCUCCUUUCAUACUGCAUCAUGGUGUGGUACGCUGGUUUGACAUCAUCUGAUAGGAAGUGCCUACAGAGGGUGGUGAAUACAGCACAAGAUAUUAUGGGCUGUCCCGUGAAUCCGCUGGAUGAAACAGUGGAAGAACGUUGCCUCAGGAGAGCGAGGAAAAUUCUCAGGGAUGAUUCACACCCUGGCUGGCACUUUCUUGAUCUCUAGCCCUCAGGCAGAAGAUAUAGAAGCAUGAUUAGUCGCACCAACAGGGUAAAGAACAGCUUCUAUCUGUGGGCUGUUAGGUUGCUGAAUGAAAAGAUAACAACAGGGCAAUUGACUUUCGGGUUUGGUGGGUGUGCGUCAGUAAAUGAGGGGAAUUAAGACUAAGAGAGCUGAGUGGGGGGUGCUCGUGUAAUCUCACUGUAUACAAGUUGUACAAGUGACAAUAAAGUAUUUCAAUAAUUAAGCCUUGAGGAUUGGUUUGCCACCCAGAAGCAGCAGUGGAGGAAGCCUCUUGGGCACCUGAAGCGGCAUACCCAUUGGCAGGGCAAACCACCCAUAGGGUCUGGGCGGGGCACACAGCACCCAUAGGGAUGGGGCACACUAUGGGGCCUCAGCUGGCCAACAGCUGGGGGGGAGGCAGCAGGUGGACAGGGUGGCGCCUGCAGGUGCCUGAGACGCGUGGCUCGGCCACGCUGCAGGCCCAGCGGUGAGUGCUGCCCGCCAUUUUGUCAGUGGAGGCACCCAGGGCAGGCCACACCUGCUGCUCCCCCCUUGCUAUGCCCCUGCCCAGAACAAAUUCUCCUUUGCAAAUGGCAAUGCCACAUUUAUCAUGUUGAUAUGGUCUGAUUCUUUUUUUUUUUAAAUGAUAUUUAUUAAGGUUUCAAAAGAAGGAUACAUAAAUAAGAAAGAGAAAAAUAGAAAAAAGAAAAAUACAAAAUACAAAGAAAAAUAAAAAUUAAAAACAAUUCCAUCAUUUCAUCACUUCUCUUUCAUUUACUUGUUUCCUGGACCUCCUCAUACCUCCCUUUUUUGUAUUCCAGUUCAAUUUAUUAGUCCAGCAAUUCCUUUCCCUCCUUUUUAAUCCUGAUCUUUAAUCUUAAUAUAUUAUAGCAUUAGGUUUUUACGUAUAGAAAAUCCAAUUUUUCCAUAUUCUUUUAUACCAUUACAGCUAGAAACCACAACUUCAAUCCAACAUCAUUCUAACAUUCAUUAAUUUUACAAUAUUUCUGUAAGUAGUCUUUAAAUUUCUUCCAAUCUUCUUCCACCGACUCUUCUCCCUGGUCUCGGAUUCUACCAGUCAUUUCCGCAAAUUCCAUAUAGUCCAUCAUUUUCAUCUGCCAUUCCUCCAGUGUGGGUAGGUCUUGUGUCUUCCAAUGCUUUGCAAUAAGUAUUCUUGCUGCUGUUGUGGCAUACAUAAAGAAAGUUCUGUCCUUCUUUAACACCGAUUGGCCGACUAUGCCCAGGAGGAAGGCCUCUGGUUUCUUCAAGAAGGUAUAUUUAAAUACCUUUAUUAAUUCAUUAUAAAUCAUCUCCCAGAAAACCUUAAUCCUUGGGCACGUCCACCAAAGGUGAAAGAAUGUACCUUCAGUUUCUUUACAUUUCCAACAUUUAUUAUCGGGCAAAUGGUAGAUUUUUGCAAGCUUGACUGGGGUCAUGUACCACCUGUAUAUCAUUUUCAUAAUAUUCUCUCUUAAGGCAUUGCAUGCCGUAAACUUCAUACCUGUGGUCAUAUGGUCUGAUUCUUGGCUUCCUCUCUUUCUCUCUCUCUCCCCCCCAGAUACCACAAGGUCGAAGAAGAGCCACGAAAAGGAAGGCGUGGAGUACAAUUUUGUUUCUAAGCAGUCGUUUGAGACAGAUGUGCAGCAUAACAAGUAGGCCUUGAUGUCUUGUGCUUUUGUUGGGGGGAAAGGAAAGUAUUUCUCUUCAGAGGAAGACUCCAGAAUCCGAUUUGUAUGCAGAGAGGCUACCAUCCUCUUUGCUAAUAGAAGCUUCUGGGCUCUUAAAAAAAAACCGGCCAGGGAAUUUUUGUUGUUGAGCUGCACACAUUUUCUUAAUAUGGGAUUGUAGUGAAUGAGAAAACUACAACAGUGGGUUUUUAUCAUUAUUAUUAUAUGGUCACAGACCCAGCAAAAACAACAAAAUCAUACAAUUUCUAACUUUACACAGAGUUAAAAUAUAUGGUGCUUAUAUAAACUGUAGCCCAGAAGCAAGCCAAAAAUACAGUUAAAUUAUGAAAGCCCCUUCAUGGCUCUUUGAAAGGAAAAACCAAGCAACUCUUUCCACUAUUAUUUUGUUCAAGUCAAGCAGUAAGUAGGCCACAUAGCAUUCAAAAGUCAUUCCUGACUAUUUUAGUGGGAUGAGAGUACGUAACCUAUUUUGCUCAUCUCUGCAAAAGUUGCAUGCAAAAAGAGCAGGUCUUAAUGCUUCUGUUGCUCCACCCCCACAGGGGCAGAGCCGUUUUAUUAUAUGGAGUACCCUCAAAGCAGCCAUCUAGUACGGCAGAAGGAAAACUAUUAAAUCUAACCCUACAAAAGAUCACCAGCUGGUAUUUGAGAACAGUCAGGUUACCCAUGUAAUUUUUCUGUAAAAGUACAGUAUUUACAUUCCACUCUCUUGCAGAGCAUCAGGGCAGCAUGCAAGCACAUGAAAACAUGUAAAAGCAAUAUGAAGCAAUCAUUAAAAUCACCGACUGCUCAAGGCACAUUUGAAACAACUGCAUAGGCCCGUCAGCAUGAACAAAUCUGGGAAACGAUAUAUAAUGAAAUGAAAAGGAUGUUUGAAAUAACUUUUGUAAAAAAACCCACACCAGAAGCUUUUCUUUUGGGAAUUAUAGGGACAGAACUACCUAAAACGUAUAGAAAUUUAUUUAUUUAUGUAUGCUACUACAGCGGCAAGAAUGUUACUUGCCCCCCAAAUGGAAAUAAUCAGAAGUCCCAGCAAAGGAACAAUGGAUACAAAAACUUAUGGAAUAUGCAGAAAUGGUGAAACUUCCCGGAAGACUAAGAAAUCUCUGACUUUUGUCUUCUGGGUUUCUGGGGGUUUUCCUGUUGUUAUUCUGUCUCUCUCAGCUACAAUAAACUUACCAUUAAAAUUAUGGACUGGUCAUUUCUUCGUCAGAGGGCAAACGGGCAAAUUUAGCAGGGGAUCAAAUACUUUCCCCCCCUCACUGUGUUUGCCUUGUACAUUUAUGAACAUUUUAUUUAUAUAUUUUAGACCUUAUAAUUCCUAUAACAACACAAAAGAUUGAUCCUUCCUUCCCAUGUCAAAUAAAAUACUAAAUAUUAAAUUUCCUCUCUGACAUGGUAGGAUUUCUUUUUUCAUGCUGAUAGCCACAACUCUGAAGACUUUCCCGCCCCAGAAAUAAGUGUCUAGAUAGGAUUAUCCCCGUUUUGUGAAGCUGGUUGGCUGCAUUUCUCUCUGGAAUGGAUUCAGAUUUCUAGCCUUUUAUUCUCCUGGUGGUGACACCAGAAUGAUCAAAAGCAGUAAUCCCUUUUAAUCACGUUGUCUGCAGCCAACAUUUCUUAUUUUUUAUUGAAGGAAACAGUGUUGUACUGUAAUAAGCAUAUGACACAGUUCUGCUACUUUGAAAUCUGAGCUGAAUACUUUGAAUUCUGCUCCACAGCUUAAUUCCCUAAAUGUUUUCAGGUUUGUAGAACAUGGGGAGUAUAAAGAGAAUCUCUACGGGACAAGCCUGGAGGCAAUUCAGUCGGUCAUGUCCAGAAAUAAAAUUUGCCUUGUGGAUGUCGUGCCUGAGGUAAACUGUCAUGAUUAUUGUUAUUUUGUGUUUUUUUAGAAAAAUCUUAUCUUCCAGAAUUGUGUUUCAGUUCCACCUUACCUAUAGGAACAUGGGUUUUACACCAGCUUUUCGUUCAUUGCUUGGGUUUCGAUGGAUCAGUUUCGGUUAUAGUCACCCCAUUAUACGAAAAAGAUUUUUUGAGACCAAAUACCCACUUGGUGGACUGUUUCCCUUAUUGGCUAGCAAAAUAAAGGUAAAGGGACCGCUGACCAUUAGGUCCAUUCGUGACCGACUCUGGGGUUUCGGCGCUCAUCUCGCUUUAUAGGCCGAGGGAGCCGGCGUACAGCUUCCGGGUCAUGUGGCCAGCAUGACUAAGCCGCUUCUGGUGAACCAGAGCAGCGCACGGAAACGCCGUUUACCUUCCCGCCAGAACGGUACCUAUUUAUCUACUUGCAGUUUGACGUGCUUUUGAACUGCUAGGUUGGCAGGAGCAGGGACCGAGCAACGGGUCCCCCGUCGCAGGUAUUUGAACUGCCGACCUUCUGAAUGGCAAGCCCUAGGCUCUGUGGUUUAACCCACAGCGCCACCCGCGUCCCUGGCUAGCAAAAUAUGUUUGGCCAAAUCAAGGCCUCUAGCUGUUGCCAUAGAAGCUCCUUAUUAUUGGCUGGGGGUGUGAUCCUUUCUCAUUUAAGAGAGUCUGUAACCCAGGGUGAGCCAUUAUGGUGCUAUUCAGAUGUUUUGGACUACAGCUUCCAUCAUCCUUGUCCAUUGGCCAUGCUGGCUGGGGCUGAUGGGAGUUGUAGUCCCUAACAUUGGGAGGGUCCCUUGUCGGCUAACCCUGCUGGGGAUGAGAGCCCUCCUUGGGAUGAGAGCAGACAAAUUGAUUUACUGUAGACAAGACAGAGCUGUUGGUGGAGCAGGGAAACAGUGGAUUUGUCUGCCCCAGAUAGGAUCAUACUGUCUUUCCAGGGGCAGAUAGGCAGGGUGAUGCUUCACCUAAACCAGGGGUCAGCAACCCGCGGCUCCGGAGCUGCAUGUGGCUCUUUUACACCUUUGCCGCGGCUCCGGGGCGGAUACUAGCGAGGGGAGGAGGCGCAUUGUGCUCCCCGACACUCCCCACUGUGGCGGGCGCUGUACUGGCUGUGACGUCACAUGGGGGCGGUGCGUGCGUUAGUCACGCACCGUCCCGACGUCACCUUCCUGCCCGCUGUCAGAUCGGAGGGCAGCAGCGCGCAUGUUUGCGGCUCCCAGGUUUUUUUUCUUCGGAAACGGGUCCAAGUGGCUCUUUUUGUCUUAAAGGUUGCAGACCCCUGACCUAAACCCCUAAAACUGCUGACGGAGCCAGUGGCUUCAAAAGAGUGUUUAACUGCACAGUGAAAAGGAUAGGGUUUCCAGGGCCAUUACAAGCCCCCUCCUUAAGCAUAAGGACGCAGGUGGCACUGUGGUCCAUACCACUGAGCCUCUUGGGCUUGCCGAUCAGAAGGUCAGCGGUUUGAAUCCCCGCGAUGGGGUGAGCUCCCGUUGCUCUGUCCCAGCUCCUGCCAACCUAGCAGUUCGAAGCACACCAGCGCAAGUAGAUAAAUAGGUACUGCUUCAGCAGGAAGGUAAAUGGCAUUUCGGUGCGCUCUGGUUUGCAUCACGGUGUCUCGUUGCACCAGAAGCGGUUUAGUCAUGCUGGCCACGUGACCCGGAAAGCUGUCUGUGGACAAACACCGGCUCCCUCGGCCUGAAAACAAAAUGAGUGCCACAACCCCAUAGUCGUCUUUGACUGGACUUAACUGUCCAGGGGUCCUUUACCUCCUUAAGCAUACAAAGUGAUUCAUGCUGCCCCUAUUUGGGGGUUAGCUUGAGGUGGCCAUCCCAAAUUAGGUGAAUUGCCAAAUGUGUGUGUGUUUGGGAGGGAAAUACCAGGUCUAGUUUUGAUUUCUCGCUUUAAGUUACUGUGCAGCAUUUACAGAUUGGUGAACGGGAUUCUCCCUUUGUAUUCCUGCCUGCCUAGGCUGUGACGCACUUGAGGACGGCAGAGUUCAAGCCGUAUGUGGUAUUUGUGAAGCCUCUCAUCUCAGAAAAGAAAAAGAACGCCCCAGCAUCUCUCCUGACGGAUGAAAUCUUCGUCCCGCUCGUAAGUAUUUUGCGUGAAAAGCUAGUUUGCAGAAAUGAGCCGCAACAUCAAGGCGACUCCAGAUUCUGCCCCGCUGAAAAUGAUCGCAAAGCAAACUCUACUCCCACCCACCCCAAGUGUGGUACUUUGCGAUCUGUUACCAGCAGGGAUCCCUUUUGCAAGACCAUGUAAGACUACACCAUGGGUAGGCAAACUAUGGCCCGGGGGCCGGAUCCGGCCCAAUCACCUUCUAAAUCCGGCCCACGAAUGUGUUUUUACAUGAGUACACAUUUACACAGAGAAUGUGUCCUUUUAUUUAAAAUGUAUCUCUGGGUUAUUUGUGGGGCCUGCCUGGUGUUUUCAAACAAACAAACAAACAAACAAACAAACAAACAGAAUUUUAAUUUAUACUCCACCCUCCCUGGCCAGAAUCGGGCUCAGGGUGGCUAACACCAAUAAAAUUACAAUAAAACAUAAUAGAAAAUGAAAAAAAAAGGCUAAUUAAAAUACGGGUUUAAAAUACAAUUUAAAAUGCAGCCUCAUGUUAAAAUAGCUGAUAAAUCAAAACCAUAAGGGGAGGCAAGACAUAAGGGUCAGACUGAGUCCAAACCAAAGGCCAGGCGGAACAGCUCCAUCUUGCAGGCCCUGCGGUAAGAUGUCAGAUCCCGCAGAGCCCUGGUCUCUUGUGACAGAGCGUUCCACCAAGUCGGUGCCAGUACUGAAAAGGCCCUGGCCCUAGUUGAGACCAAUCUAACCUCCUUGCGGCUCAGGACCUCCAAAGUGUUGUUAUUUGUGGACCUUGAGGUCCUCUGCGGGGCAUACCAGGAGAGGCGGUCCCUUAGGUAAAUGUGUAGAAUGUGUGCUUUUAUUUAAAAUGCAUCUCUGGGUUAUUUGUGGGUCAUAGGAAUUCGUUUAUUUAUUUUUUUCAAAAUAUAGUCCGGCCCCCCACAAGGUCUGAGGGACAGUGGACCGGCCCCCUGCUGAAAAAGUUUGCUGACCCCUGAACUACACACUUCAUUUCCAUUUCAGUUGGGGGUUCAGGCCCUGCUCGGGCACUUGAGAUAAAUUUGCUUGCUCCGUGUGACGGCCUAUAUCAGGAGAGGGGGCAGGGGAAGUGUGUCGCUGCUGAUUUCCCUUUACAUCUCAGCGCUUUCAGCACCCUCCACGGGGGCAUCCUUCCGGGGAGGCUGUCUCAGUCAGGAGUAGUGGGGACUCUCUUGCAGCGAUUAUGCUGCUACUUGGAUGGCAAUUUGACGAUGUUGUUUGGGCCCGUGGAUCUGCCAGCGUGCAUUACAGCAGGGUUUGAAUUUAGCGCCCAUGCGGUUUAACAUCUCUGAAACUGCGUGAGUGUGGCCAUCCUGAGUUUUGGAGCACAGUAUCAUCAACAUGUGACGCGGUGGACGUGGGUGGCACUGUGGUCUAAACCACUGAGCCUAGGGCUUGCCGAUUGGAAGGUGAGCAGUUCAAAUCCUCGCGACGGGAUGAGCUCCCGUUGCUCUGUCCCAGCUCCUGUCCACCUAGCAGUUCGAAAGCACAAAGUGCAAGUAGAUAAAUAGGUACCGCUCCGGCGGGAAAGUAAACUGUGUUUCCGUGCACUGCUCUGGUUUGCCAGAAGCGGCUUAGUCAUGCUGGCCACAUGGCCUGGAAGCGGUCUGCGGACAAAUGCCGGCUCCCUCGGCCUAUAGAGCAAGAUGAGCAUGCAACCCCAAAGUCGUCCGCGACUGGACCUAACGGUCAGGGGGUACCUGUACCUUUACCUUUACCUAUCAUCAAUAUGCUGAUGACACACAGCACUGCCUUCUCCUUUGCAGCUCAAGCAGGUAUGGCAGUGUUUGUGUGCUAGAUUGGGGCCUGUCCUUGGGAAUGGACGGGAUGAGAGCCAACAAACUGAAGCUCAAUCCAGAUAAGACUGAGACACCUUAGCUAAGAUGUAUAAGACUGAAUCAGAUAAGUGCUGGAGAUGCAGUGAGGUUGAGGGAACGUUCUUUCACAUGUGGUGGACUUGUAAAAGGGUAUUGGGAAAUAAUCCAUAAUGAAUUGAAAAAAAAAAGUUUAAAGUACUUUUCAAAAAAAAAACAGAGUCCUUUUUGUUGGGGAUAAUUCAGACGGAAAUUCCCAGGUGUUUAAAAAAGGUUCUUUAUGUACAGUAUGCCACCACUGCGGCCCGUGUUUUGUUAGCCCCCAAAUGGAAAAUGAUCGAGGUCCCAACCAAAGAAGAACGGCAAAUUAAACUGAUGGAAUAUGCGCAGCUUGCAGACUUAACAUACAGAAUAAGAGAACAAGAAGAACAUACGUUUAGAGACGAUUGGAAAACGUUUAUUGAAUACAUGGGGGGGGGGAAUUGUGUGCACCUGAAAACGUUGGCAGCAUUCAGAUAAAUUCAACAGCGUAAAUAAGUUUUGAUGGAUGUUAUAAUGGAAUACUGAAUGGUAUAGUUUGUGUAAAAUAUGCAGGGAUUUAUGAUAUGCAGAAUGAACCAUGGGAAGAGAAGAAGGGAAGUCAUUGAUAUUUUAAGGUUGUUUAAAUGAAUAUUAUAAAAUGUAAGACAGAAAAUUUAAUAAAAAUUAUAUAUAUAUAAAAAACGGAUAAGACUGAGACACUGUUAGUGAUUGGUUCCUCUGUCCAGAUUAGUGGAACAUAUCCUCUUCUGGAUGGGUUUACCCUCCACUUGAAGAAGCAGGCGCACAAUUUGCACCCAAUGCUGCCAUUGGAGGCACCGUGGCAAAAAGUACCUUCUACCAGCUUCAGCUGGUAGCCUAGCUGAAUAGGGGAUAGCCUCGCUUCAGUUGCCUAUGUGCUGGUAAUCUCCAGGAUAGACUACUGCAAUGUGUUGUACGUUGGGCUCCCCUUGAAGACUGUUUAGAAGCUGCAGCUCAUGUAGGAUGUGGUGGCUGGAUUGUUAAAUGGAACCAGAAGACGUGAGCAUGUAGCACAGGUUCUGGCUUAACUGCCUUGGCUACCAAUUUGUUUCUGGGCCCAAUUCAGAGUGCUGGCCUUGACCUGUAAAGGCACAUACAGCUUUACGCAGAGGAUGGAAUGAGGCAGGUGGAAACAGGGAAAGGAGAAUGUUAGCCGCUUUGAGACUUCUUAAAGGGAGUGAAAGGCGGGAUAUCAAAUCCAAACUACUCCUCCUCCUCCUCUUCUUCUUCUUCUUCUUCUUCCUCCUCCUCCUCCUCCUCCUCCUGGUGGCAAGCACAAGGCCGCAGUCAUGGCUUCCCCCAAAGAAUCCUGGGAGCUGUGGUCUAUUAUUGGUGCUGAUAGUUGCUAGGAGACCCUUCAUUCCUCUCACAGAACUACAGCUCCCAGAAUUCCCUUUGAAAAGAUGGAUAGUUGACUUUUAAACCAUUCUGGGCAUUGUAGUUCUGUGAGGGGAAUAGGGGGGUCUCCUCACUACUCUCAGCACCCAUAAAAAACUACAGUUCCCAUGAUUCUUUGGGGGGGUGAAACCAUGACUAAGUAAUAGAGCAGUGCUUUGAAUUGUUUGGUGCAAAAAGGGCCAUAGUCUCUUUCCCCCUCACAGGCUUAUCUGCAAGUAACAAAACCUGCUUUCUGCGGCAACAUGUCUCAACCUGAGGGUUUUCUUUCUUGGCUAAUGCCCAAAUGGUACUGCACCCCCAGUAGUGUAGCUAGCCGGGGGGUGAGGGAAAGGGGCAUUUCGCAUAGGGGGGCAUAGUGUGCCACAGGGGUCUUUAGGGUGCUACAGGAGUCUGUAGUGCAGCAUGGUGGCUGCUUUGAGUUGGGGGUUGGGAUUCUGGGCGGCAGGGGAGCUUGUGGCUUCUGGUCGUUUUGGGCACUGGGGGGGAUGGCGGAGCUGGUGGGGGUUGCUACGUCGUCUCAUGUUGUCCUUUUUGUUUUUGAUUUGCAGGAUGAGGAGCAGCAAGAAAUGCUCAGCUCGGCUGCCUUCAUCGAAGAGCAGUACGGCCACCUGAUUGACACUGUCCUGGUGAAGGAAGAUUUGCAGAGUGCCUGCAGCCAGCUGAAAACCAUCCUGGAGAAACUGAGCACAGACUCUUUCUGGGUGCCAGUCUCUUGGGUCAGGUUGUAG